AUGUAUCCCAGGAUUAAAAACCUGGCGCUUUAUGCCUUGUCGGUCACGCUGCUGGCGUGUCUUAUUUAUCUAAAGAGAGAGGCAAAGUUGGCAACGUCGUCAGCAGAGCAGAAAGUGGAUGUAGCAAGUCGCAAACCCAAGCCUUUGGCUCUGGGCAACGCCGAACCCAGCAAGUGUUUGCCAGACUUGACCCUCGCCAACUCUUCCCUCGCCCUCCCGGAGCUUCACCGCGUCUUCCUAACGUACAAGCACUGCCGGAACUUCUCAGCGCUGCUGAAGCCUUCCAGGUGCAGUAAGGACACGUUCCUCUUGCUGGCGAUCAAGUCUCCCCCGAUCAAUAUAGAGCGGCGGGUGGCAAUCAGGAACACGUGGGGGAAGGAGGUCUCCAUUGGUGGCAGGCACAUCAGGCUGGUAUUCCUUCUAGGGCGCUCGGAGGCCAAAAUCCAAGCGCAGCCCCUGCACCAGCUGCUGGCUUACGAAAGCCAGGAGUUUGAUGACAUCGUGCAGUGGGAUUUUGUUGACAAUUUCUUCAACUUGACCCUCAAGGAGCUGCAUUUCCUCCGCUGGUUCAUGGAGGACUGUCUGCAUGCCAGGUUUGUGCUGAAGGGCGAUGACGAUGUCUUUGUCAACACUUACAAUAUCGUCGAGUUCCUUCAGGAGCUGGACCCUGAGCAGGAUCUCUUUGUUGGAGACGUGAUUGCCAACGCCCGGCCCAUCAGGAACACCAAGGUCAAGUACUUCAUUCCAGAGUCCAUGUACAGAGCCUCCUUCUAUCCUCUCUAUGCGGGUGGAGGGGGCUAUGUGAUGUCUAGGGUGACAGUGCACCGACUCCAGAGCACCGCAGAGGACACGGAGCUCUUCCCAAUAGAUGAUGUCUUUGUGGGAAUGUGUCUGGCAAAGAUGGCAGUGACCCCAAAGAACCAUGCUGGCUUUAAGACUUUUGGGAUCCAGAGACCUUUCAAUCCUUUUGAUCCAUGCUUGUACAAGGAGCUGAUGGUUGUGCACAAGCUAAACCCAACUGAGAUGUGGAUCAUGUGGACGCUGGUGAAGGACGAGAGCAUUAGGUGUGCAGUGUCAGUAACACGCGCCUACAGAAGUGGUCGGAAAUGAAGCUCCUGAUGAGCACAGUAGGAUUUUGGCUGGUGACGGAUACAGGGUGCUUGAACUAAAAAUCAGGUUGUGGUAGAAAAGUGUCCUCUACUAACAGGCUGUACGUGAGCCAUAGGGUUUUGUUUUGCAGUCAGUCUUUGUCGGUGGGUUACUGAAUUGUCAGGGGAAGGGGACGGGGCUGGUAGCUUGGAGACACGGUGAGAUGCAGCACAGGGGACUCGGCUCGGUUCCUCCUGGCCACGCUGGGGCCCAGGAAAUUCACAGCUGCUGCAGGUGACACGAAUGAGGUGCCACCUCCUGUGGAGGUUCUGCAACACUGAGGCUGGUGCCUGACUGCCAGCCUAAUUCAGUCUCUCCUGGGAAAGGUAAUGAUGACUAACGAGUGAUGGAGCACUUGAAAUUACUUCUAACCUUUUUAGUCAAGGCAAGGGCAGAAGAAAGGGCAGUGUAUGCUGCUGCAUCUACUGCAGUGCAGCUCCGUUGUCCCAGGCCAGCAAUUCCACAGGUCCUGUGGGGCAGCAGGAGAAAAGGAAUGGAGGUGGGGGAUAAAAAAAGCUUAAAAAUGUAUUGCCUUAACAGCACAGUGAUCCGAGGGAUUGGGCUCCAACUUAAGCCCUUUGGAUUUUACAGAAGGUUAUUACAAGUUUACUUGCACUAGAAGCUUUUGCACAAACACUUUCUGGUCUGGUUUGAGAGGAGAAAUAUGUCCUGAGUGGUAGUUAAGUCCCAGUGACUGCAGCUUUUUAUGCUGUGUGGGAGGUGUUUGGGGUUUAUUUGCUUCGUUUGCUUGUUUUCGUGAUGUUGGGUAUAAAUAAAAUACAGUUCUGAAAGUACUCACAGGAAUCUUCCUGGGUCUCCUGAAAGCUAGAAGUAGGAGCCAAAGGAGGCUGAGGCCUGGUGCUAUUUGCAUUAAGGAGAUGUGGAUAUUAAAGCGGACAGGGUUAUGAGGAAAUGAAAACUUGCUCACUUCCUCUCCUGUGAGCAGCUGCUGCUCUCUGCCCACAGUCCAGGCACGAUGCAUGGAUGCAGAAGCCGUGCUUAAUCUCUGAGUGCUCUGGAGUAACUAAUUUGAGGAGCAAUCAAUCCUGAAGCCAAGAUUUGCUGACAGUUUACAAAGCGUCUCAGCCUCAGGGUGCCUUGCUGCCAGAUGUGCUGUGCGAGCAGGCAGCAACCUGGAAGCUUCAGAAAAAUGUAAGGGGAGCGAGGGUGUGCGAUUACAGAAAUCAGGGCUGGUUGUGCCGUGCUGCUGUCAUUCCUGUCUCAUAUGCCAGCUGCUCAGCAUUCAGGCCACCAGCUGUGAGCCGGAGCUUCCAGAGGCGCCCGGGGAGUGCUGCCAGGGGUUCCUUGUCUGGGCUCCUGAGGCUUGGAGGGCAUCCUGGGCCCAGGGGUGUGCCAGGCUGCCUGCCCCGCGCCGCUGUGGGGUGCGGUACUGUACAGCCUGGGGCUGAGGGGUUCCUGGCAGUCCUGUCUGACGGUGCAUUUGCCUUGCGGCCUUGGCUUUCUAGAGCACGCGCUGUAGGUCGUUUAGCUCCACUGUGUGAGCCACGCUCUUACGGCACGAGUUGCUGCUCUCACGGGGGCUGUUUCUGCGCUAGAUGCGAGUAGGUAUGUGUCUAAGGAAAAAAACCUUCUGUGAGCCUGUGCGCUCCUGUAGAAGUUGCUACUCCAUCUCACUGCAGCCCAAGCAGUGACUAGUCAGCUGUACCCGAGACACUACAUGUAGUUUGAUUAGUUGGCUUUGUAAACGAGGUUGAGUAUCACGCAGCAAAGCCCUGCAUUUCUUGGCACUGUGCCCUGAGCAUCACUGCUUGUUCCGGAGAAGAGACUGGACGGAGCGGGCUUGGUACGAUGUCAGCUGCUCUGGCAGCAUUUUUCUGACCCCCUAGCUGAGUCCAAAUGCAAACUCAGGAACAUCACGCAGCGAGUGAUGUCACGGCAGUUCUGGGCUUAAGUGCGUAGGCUAAUUCCCCGCUGUGCAACUCUCACUUCUUAACGAAGGUUGGGGGGGGAUCUUUUCCACCCUGUUUGGGAGGUGCUGUGGAGCUACUCAAGUAUUUCUUUCCCUUUUUGACUUGAUUGCACUGACUAAUUGCUUCCUGUCACAGCUGAAGGUUAGAUGCAUGGGGGUAGAGCCUGUGUCAUAGCAUAAAACAAGAAGUGGGGCAGCAAGGGGAGUGGGGGCAGGCUCUGAAAGGGGAAGAACGGCCACUUUCCAGACUCUUGGGUUGAUGUGCAUCUUUCUUAAGCCAUAUCCUUGUCAUGCAAGCGUCUGAGUGGAGUUAUUGCAGCAACGUGACAGAAACACAGCCUGUAUGUGUGUUUCAGUCAGUGGCUUGGUAGGAGUUCUUCAACUGCAGCACAGAACAAAUGGGAGCAGAUGUGGUUAGAAGGCUGACCUGAAGUUGCCUGCGGCUCUUGAGGGUGUGGUUGUGCCACUGCUACAACAAAUCAGCUCCUGACAGUUGGGUUUUCCCCAGUGCUCCAGCCCGAAGCCAUGUUUGGGACCCUCUGACUAGUGGCACAGCAGACACCGGCAUCUUCCUGUGAGCUUUGAUUCCAGACCCUGCCUUCCCCCUUGGAUACAGCAGCAUCCAGUGAGCAGCAGGAGCAAGGAAAGUUUUUUUUUUUUAGAAACUUCUACUAUUUAAUCUAAAUGUACAGUGCUGUGCAGCUGAGAUUGCAUUUGUUCAAAAGGCAGGCAAAAUGAGGCAGAGAAAGGCUCGUGUUACAGCUGCAAAAAUUCCUAAUCAAGCAGAACUCAGUUUAGUAACAGCAACCUCAACACAUGUAGCGCGUCUGCUGCUAAUUUAUAGUGGAACAUCUUAUGAUUGUGUGCCUUCUUACAAAAGGUGAUGAAUGGGGAUUAACUGACCCAAAUCAGCAGCAGCAGAGUUCUAGUCAGUGCUACUGCACAAAGCAAUCUCAGCUAAAGUUUAUAUUGUCUAUACAGCUAAUACUGCAAAUUUCACAUGAAGCUGUCAAGUUAGAAAAUGAACACAGUGAAAGACACUUGUGGUUUUGAAGCCUGCAGUGAAACAUUAAGCUUACCAAAAGAGAGAAUUCAGAUAAUUUUCCUGAACCUUGUGCUGGAAAGCAUUCAAAUACAUAAAACUCACUUUUGUUUGUUGCUUUAUAAAAUCUGCAGCAGUUCUGACAACUACUCCGUAACCACAGUAUCUUGAAAAUCAAAUCUUUUGCUUCCUGGGGAAGGCAGCUGUUUUACAAGCAGUGACUCCUGGGUGAAAGAGACUGCUGGACUGUACUGCACUGCAAAACUUCUCCAAGAAGAGCUUGGGUAACUCCAUAGAAAGUUUUCAGCUUUAUAGCAAAUGUUUUCCCUGAUUGCAAUUAAGUGUAAUUAGAUAUAGCUGUCAGACUCAACUCUGAUACAAAGUCAAAACAGAAAACAGCACUUAAUCUCUUAUCUAUGUGGGCACACUUGAAAGGAAAUGCACUUGCACAGUUUAAUAAAGGUAUCUACUAACAGAUAUCAUUUACUUCACAGGUUAAAAAUAAUCACUUUUAAAUACACUUCUUUGGCUGAUACCUAGUUAGCCUCUAUGUCAGAGAGCUCCCAGAAACACAUCGCACCAUGGGUAGGAUCCUCCCAGCAGAGACAAUUAACAACAAGCUAUCCUUGAUAGCGAUUUUCACAUUUGCAUAGUUAAACACUUAAAUAAUCAAAUCCAUAAUUAUUACAAACGUGGUAGGUUACAAACAAGGUGAAGGCUUUUCAGUCUUGGAAUUGACUUGAUUUGUAAAGCAAGCCUAUUUGGGGGGGGG